CGGGCCUCGCGCCGGGCUUUGAAGGGGCGCGGCCGCGGCGCGCGGGCGGUGGGAGAAUCCCGAGGGAGGGGCCCGGCCCGCGCGCCGGCACCCGCCCCUCUGCGCGCAUUUUUCCGCCCGACGGGGGCGAGGAAGAACGAAAGUCCCGUUUAAGCGAGGGCGGUGGUGCCGGGAGCAGCCGCGCUGGCCGGGGAGCUGCGGACAGGUCACUGGUGCUGAACCUGGAAACAGUUCCCUCCCUGGCAUCGGAAACUGCAGGCGGCUUUUCUAACCGCUCACACACAAAAAGCCUCUAAGAAACCCCACAUGGUGGUGAGCGGUGCAGAUCAGCUAAACCCGAUAAAACAGAUGCUUUUGUACUUUCAAAGUUCGUGCAUGUGCAUUUUCUGCCUCUGCUGAAUAUACUUUUAUUGUUCUGCAAUCAACUUCUCAAUAUUCCGGAUCUGAUGUUCUAGGAGCCAGCCUGACUUCUGUGGAGAUGUUAGCAGAGACAGUGAGUGAAACAAACAGCGGAGAUGCUUUUAAAGAGGGAAUAAAUCAUUGUCAUGCCUAAGGACAAUGCGGUUAAGGAUGAGAAGCUGUGGCCUGGGCAGCCAGUUGAAGGGAAGAAAACCACAGCAGAACUUUCCCUGGCCUGUUUUUUUGUGUGCUUGUGGGGGUUGUUUCAUUUUGGGGUUUUUUGGAAACAAAGAAAUAUUUAUUUCUGGCAUAUUUUUGGAGUUUUAAAGGAUGUUUACCAGAGCGAUUCCAGCAGUUAGUAGGAAUAUUCUCAUGGAGUCAUGGACUUUCCUAUCCACCCUCAGCCCUGUGACACUGAUAAGAAGUGGCAUGAACUUUCUAGCUCCGUAUAUAAAAUCCAGCAAUAGCACAGAACAAAUUUAGGGUCCAGUAGGCUUUCGUUUUCAUUCAUUUUUUAGGCUAAGAACUUGCAGUUUGAAAGACAUCACCCACAUCACAACUUGAAAGCCUGGUAGCCCUGUACCCAGGAUACACUGCUUGAGGAGUGGGUAUUACCUUAUUGAGGGUGAAAAAUAACGAUAAAAAAAACCUGCAACUGCUCCAAAUGCUACCUCUGGGGGAAAAAAACUGGCAGAACAGAUUGAUAAUAGGUACAGAGAUAUCUGAGGCAAGAAGCCACAAUUAUAAAGAUUCUGGAGGAAGAACUUAAAACAGGGUGCUGGUGCCAGAAGAAGAGAAUGAUUGAUGAGAAACAGACACCAGCCUGUAGGCACUCAUCCUUUUGCUUCGGAUACUGAUUUAUCAGUGUGCCUGGGUAUCCCCUGCAAGCCCUGAACACGGAAGAUCACUCAGGGUUAUCGACAGUGUAGCUGAAGACCUGCAACUUUGCAAAUUAUCUGCUAUUGGACAUCUUUUACAAGAAGCCCUGACAGAUAAGUUAUGAGACAAAGGACAAGCACUGCAUUGCUGUGAAAAGCUGUCAUUGGGGUCUAGGUGACUUCUACCAAAGUCUUCAAUUAGUGAAAUGAACACUCUAUCCUAAUGCUUCACGUUUGACUUGGAACCUAUUUUAUAAAAUAUAUACAUAUAUAUGUAUGUAUAUGUAUAAUCUAUAGACUGCACAUAUACCAGUACUGAGCCUCCUUACGAAGGUGACGUACAAGGAUUUAGAAAUGUAUUUGUCAAGAUUCCUGUCACUUCACACCCUCUGGGUUACCGUAUCCUCCGUGAUGCAGCACUACCCUUCUGUGUGGGGACACUAUGAUGUAUGUAAGACACAGAUUUACACAGAAGAAGGAAAAGUAUGGGAUUACAUGGCCUGCCAGCCAGAAGCCAGAGACAUGAUCAAAUAUGUAAAAGUGACUCUGGAUCCCCCAGACAUAACGUGUGGAGAUCCUCCUGAGACUUUCUGCGCAAUGGGGAACCCCUACAUGUGCAACAAUGAAUGUGAUGCGAGUACCCAAGAACUGGCUCAUCCUCCAGAACUCAUGUUUGAUCUUGAAGGAAGACAUCCCUCCACAUUUUGGCAGUCCACAACUUGGAAGGAUUAUCCAAAGCCUCUUCAUGUUAAUAUUACACUUUCCUGGAACAAAACUAUUGAGCUGACAGAUAACAUAGUUAUCACUUUUGAAUCUGGCCGUCCAGACCAAAUGAUCCUGGAGAAAUCACUCGACUAUGGACGAACAUGGCAGCCCUACCAAUACUAUGCCACAGACUGCUUAGAUGCUUUCCACAUGGAUCCAAAAUCAGUGAGGGAUUUAUCGCAGCACACAGUCCUAGAAAUCAUUUGCACAGAGGAAUACUCUACUGGGUACAUGACAAAUAGUAAAAUAAUCCACUUUGAAAUCAAAGAUCGAUUUGCUUUUUUUGCUGGACCUCGGCUUCAUAACAUGGCUUCUCUUUACGGCCAGCUUGACACAACCAAGAAGUUAAGAGAUUUCUUUACCAUCACAGAUCUGAGGAUAAGACUGCUUAGGCCAGCAACUGGAGAAAUAUAUGUAGAUGAGCAACACCUGGCACGCUACUUUUAUGCAAUUUCAGACAUAAGGGUAUACGGAAGGUGUAAGUGCAACCUUCAUGCUACCGGCUGUAAAGAAGAAAACAAAAGACUACUUUGUGAAUGUGAGCAUAAUACAACUGGCCCAGACUGUGGAAAAUGCAAGAAGAAUUACCAGGGCCGACCAUGGAGCCCUGGUUCUUAUCUGCCUAUACCUAAAGGCACUGCUAAUAUCUGUAUACCCAGUAUUUCCAGUAUUGGUAAUCCUUCAAAGUUUGAUAGGAUAUGGCCGAAUAUUUCUUCCCUUGAGGUUUCUAAACCAAACCAAGUUGCUCCCAAAUUAGCUAUGUCAACUGUUUCUUCUGUUCAAGUUGCAAACCACAAGAGAGACUGUGAAUGCUUCGGGCACUCCAACCGGUGCAGUUACAUCGAGCUGCUCAAUACGGUCAUUUGCGUGAGCUGUAAGCACAACACUAGAGGUCAGCACUGUGAGUUAUGCAGGCUGGGCUACUUCAGAAAUGCUUCUGCAGAGCUGGACGAUGAAAAUGUGUGCAUAGACUGUUAUUGUAACCCUUUUGGUUCAGUCCAUGAUCGCUGUAAUGACAGAGGAUUUUGUGAGUGUAAGGAGGGAACAUCAGGGCCUAAAUGUGAUAAAUGUCUGCCGGGAUAUAUCUGGCACAGCUUGGGCUGUCAACCAAAUGUAUGUGACAACGAACUACUGCAUUGCCAGAACGGAGGAACAUGCAUCAACAACGUGCGGUGCCAGUGCCCUCCAGCUUACACGGGCAUUUUAUGUGAGAAGUUGAAGUGUGAAAGGGAUCCAGGAGGCUGUGGCCAAAACUCUGGCCAGGGAGCAAUAUCACAGGGGCCUCUGCUGCUGCUGACUGCUCUGCUGGGAGCAACGGGGCUCUGCCCGUGCUAGACUCUUUUAUGGAUGAUGGCAUCACAUUCAGACUGCUGCAAAAGAACGUGCCACAUGAAAACAAAACAGAAUCCAAGCGUUUGCUACUGAAAUUUAAAAAGGCAAAAAGAGAAAAAAAUAACCACAUACAAAAUCAGAGGGCCGAACUGAACUAAGCCAUAUUAAUCAGUUACGAAUGGGGCUCUGAGUCAAGACUGUUCACCUCUGACUCCAGACAAGUUGGCACCUGCCUAUUCUGUCAAACCACUGCUGGCUGCAAAGCUUGCACAGGACUGAACCAGCUUUGACAGCCCCCAGGAUGGGAAGAGAAUUUAAAAGACGUUUGCUACUCCUAUACGGUGCGGCACUGUACCUCCGCCCGGCGUGUGGACCGACCAAAUAAAGGCAUUCUUUGCUGUCAGUGCAUUGUGGGUAUAAGGAAAUCUUGUAAAAGCUGCCAUAUUGGCCUGCUUCAAUCCCCAAAUCCUUUCCAACCUGUGCUUUAGUGAACGUUGCUCUGUACCCCUUGUUGGUUGAAAGGUUUCUUUGUCUGAUGUUAGUGAUGCACAUGUGUAACAGCCCCCUGAGUACCACUCAAGCCAGUCAUAUCCUUGUAUACCUUAGCAGCACUGCAUCAGGGAGAUGCUGUGUUCACCUACUGUACAAGAGUGACUAUAGGAAAAAAGUGUAUUUAUCCUUUUGUAUUCAAAUGAAGUUAUUUUUCUUGAAAUAAUGUACAAUGUAGAUUUUUUGUAUUAUUGCCUAUUUGUGUUACCAGACAAUUUGUUAAUGUAUUUAAUUCUAAUCAGAUAAGAGAAAAAUAUUACUUUUUAUUUAGUCCUUUUAUUUUUCGUUUCAUUUAAUUGUGCAGAGAUUUCUCUGUAUGGGCAACGUGCUGGCAUCAAAGAAUAUCAGUUUACAUAUAUAAUGAGUGUAAUAAUAUUCCACCAAAGGACAUUCUAAAUGUUUUCUUGUUGCUUUAACACUGGAAGAUUUCAAAGAAUAAAAAUUCCUGCAUAAACAGU